UCCAUAGUUUGAAUUGUGAGUGAGGACAUCAUCCUUUUCUCAUGAUAACGCUGAAAGAUAUUUUCCAAAUUCAACGGAGAAGAAGACACUGAUCGAUCGGAGAGAAGAAGUAGAAGUAGAAGUAGAAGAAGAAGAAGAUACUGCAGUUCAAGAAGUAGCACUACUACUGGUUACGCCUUCUCUUUCUCUAUCUCUCCAAUCGAACCGAACGGAAGCAUCAAUGUUGCAGUCACAACGCCUCCUCUCAUCCAAUUUCCUCUACUAUCCCACCACCGGUGGUCCGUAUCUUCUUCCUCACUCCCUUCCUAAUCAUUUCAACUUCACCAGGAAAUCAAUCACACUCCGCACUGCUCGCGCCGCCAGACCGGAAACCUUAUUAUCCGAAGCUCUUCCCGAUGUACCAACCGUCACCGCAACCGCAACGGAUGAAGGACCAAUCGAAAUUCCUCCAUCAUCUCCAUCCAUUUUCGCCGUCGACGACAACGACGCUUCUCCUCUCCAAAUUGCUACCAGCGUCCUCCUCACCGGCGCAAUCUCCAUCUUCCUCUUCCGUUCUCUACGCCGUCGCGCCAAACGAGCGAAAGAAAUGCAAUUUAGGUCUUCUGGAGUAAAGAAAUCACUGAAGGAAGAAGCAUUUGAUAGUUUGAAAGCAAUGACGAUGUCUGUACCAGGCAAGAAAGGACCUCCAUCGCCUAUUCAGACUUUUCUUGGAGGGAUUUCAGCUGGAGUCAUAGCCUUGAUUCUUUACAAGUUCACCCUCACCAUUGAAGGAGCUCUCAACAGACAGACUCUUUCAGAUACUUACUCUGUCCGCCAGAUGACUAUAACCAUAAGGACAAUUGUGAACGGAUUGUGUUACCUUGCUACGUUUAUUUUCGGCUUCAAUUCCUUAGGAUUGUUCCUAUUGUCAGGGAAGCUUGCCUUUGGUGGAGAAUCGUCAAAUAAUCAAACUGUAAAUAAGGAUAAUGAAUCAUCACAGUUAAGUUCAAACUUGACAUCCACAGAUAGCUCUGAACUAGAAGAGAGCAAUGAUACAGAAGAUGGUAAGCAAUAGCUUCAUGUGUUUUUGAGUGAUCAAAACUAUAAAGAACAUGCCAAUCAUCAUAUAGUAAGCUUCCAAUUAUCAUCUUGUAGAAUUCAUAAUUUUAUAACAUGGUUCAUAGCCUCAA